UUUGUUUUUUUUUUUUUUUUUCUCGAGUAGAAUCCAACAGAAUAGAUAAUAAAAGACGGAGUUCUAUCAUAUCAUAACCCUUCUCCCUAGACUCCUCGACUUUGAAGUGUCAAAUCGACCUGCCUAAUAAGGAAAAAAUGCUUGAGACAGGGGUCCGUGAAGGUGCCAUGGACUCGGGAGAGUGCUACGCCGCAAGCUACCAAAACCAACAAACAGUGAUAAGAUUAGGUCGAGAUCUAAUUUAAAAUGGCAUGUCCCCUAUCCUUACCUUUGGUCAACCCGACUGCAUCAUCCCUCAGCAUUCGGUGACAAUCGUAGUCUCGAGGACGAGCGAAGGAAGCAAUCAUGACGCGUCUAUCGUGGAUUUCCCUGCUGGGUCUGGCGAGCUUAAGCGCUGGUCUAUCAACAACCCCGAAGGACAUCGCAUUUCCAAGACCGACAUGGAAACAUCUUCCAACGGGAAGCGACGCGCGUUUCCGCGGCUUAGCACCCGUGUCGGAUAAGAUCGCGUGGGUAUCAGGCACGAGCGGGACUGUUCUCCGCUCUACAGACGGCGGCAACACCUGGGAAUCCGUCGGGCCUGAACUAUCGGAGGCAGAUUCCGCACUUGAGUUCCGCGACAUCGAAGCGUGGUCCGCCGAUAAGGCCGUCAUCCUGUCAAUUGGCGAGGGUAACAGCUCGCGCAUCUACGUCACGGAUGAUGGCGGCGCGACAUGGACCCAGUCUUUCACUAAUCAGGAACCGACCGCGUUUUACGACUGCAUCGCAUUCGAGAACCCGAGGCGGGGAAUGGCGAUGAGCGACCCGGUCGAUGGGAAGAUACGAUUAAUCGAGACGCGUGACGGUGGCGUGACUUGGGAUAUUGUCGACUCCGACGGCAUGGUCCCGGCGCUCGAAGGCGAGUCGGGUUUCGCCGCGAGUGGGACGUGUCUUGCAACAACGGCCGGCCGCUGGUAUGUUGCGUCGGGGGGUGUCAAUCCCGGCCGCAUAUUCAGGAGCAGCGAUGGACAUCGCUGGGCUGUUUCGGAUGCUUCUAUAGCCGGCGGCGAGGGCUCCGGUGUCUUCUCGGUACAGUUCCGCGAUGCGAAGCACGGCGUAGCUGUUGGAGGAAACUAUUCGGCGCCUACGGGAGCCAUCAGCAACGCAGCGUGGUCAAAAGACGGCGGCGUGACUUGGGUCCCGUCUACGUCGUUUCCCGGCGGUUAUCGCUCUGGGUCUUCCUGGGUUCCGGGACGCUGGAAUGUAGCUCUUGCGGUGGGCCCAACGGGUUCGGACUAUACUCUCGAUGGAGGUAGGAAUUGGCAUGGGUUUGAUAAUAGUAGCUUGGAUAGUGUGGAGUGUGUAAAGGGGGGUGUCUGUUGGGCAUCCGGGGAGAAGGGCGCGGUGGCACGCCUCGUGCUUGUAUAAACUUCGAAUGUUGUUAUAGUGAAACCUAGUAUAAGAUCAAAAGUAGUCAUUAUCCCACAUGGAUCUUUUAAAGAGGUAUGGAAUGUUUUUAUUAUCUCAGAGUAUUAACUAUGAUGUUUAAAUUGAAAAACCCUCUCUAUCAAA